GAAAGCGCAGAAAAAUCGAAUGUUUUGAAAAGUACUGAACGUGAAAUUUUCGGAAGCGAAGCCACCGCCUCGCCUGACCUUCGCUUCCUCAAGAGAAGCCAAAGUUUACACGAAUCUGUAGACGAAAAGGAACUCUUACUCGUAGAUCAGCGCAACACCGGACACUCGUCUGAUACUACAGCCUGACACUUGCCUCACUUCGCCCGUGAAGUACUGCCUGACACUACCUGUCACUGCCACACUCGCCUUCCUACCAGCAACGUAAUCUUCCGUCAAUGUCUGUGUGUUGUCUGCCGUCGGACAACGAAUUUUUGUGUGUUAGGAGUAAUAGGUUCAUAGAACUUGAGGUUCGUAGGAUUUAAGUUUCGUAGAACGUAAGUUAUUGAGGUGGAGGCUGUGGGUGAGCGCGAGGAAGACGUCCACGUAACGAAGACUGUUCUCUGUGAGUUACGGGGGAAAAGAGCAAGGGAAACAGAAAGGACUGUUUUUGCAAUAAGUUUUGCAAUAGUCGUUUAGAAUAUUGGAGGAAAGGGGAAUAAGGAAAAUAGUGAAAUAGUGAUUAAAAUAAGAGCAAUCAACGUGAUUUAAACUUGGAAUAUCGUCUGUUUUGCCUUGAUAGUAACUGAAAAAAUAGAAAAAUCGCAUAAAAAGACAAGGAAAAGCGUAGAUACUAAAGAAAUUGUGUGCUGUUGCGUCUUCAAAAGAAAAAGCGCACAAAUCCAUAUUUACUGCAGUUGAAAAAUCUAAGGAAAAGUUUUGUUGGACUGUUGCAAGGCGCCGGAGGAGACCGGGCGUAACCAGUGGUUGACGAAGUGUAUGCUCGGCUGAACGAAUGCCUUGACGUACCUUGUGGAAUAUAAUAAACUCGAACGAGGGAAAGGAAAGUGGAGAGAAAGAAGAGAGGGAGAAACAAGUCUGCGAAUCUGAAGAGAAAAAAAGUGGAAAGUUAAAACAGGGUAAAAAUAUUGCGGAUUCGGUUUUAGAAAGGAGAAAAAAGGAAGUAUUCCGUUCUUUGUUUUCAUAACGGGAAGAAAAAUAGUGUGUCUGUCGCUGUGACCCUUACGACUGCCAGACCGAGUGCACAGCUGGGAUCACCUGUGAGUGCGCACGUACGUCAGAGUGGAUGCCCUGCAGACGCCUGUGUUUAUACCCGGAGAAGAUUACCAGCGGGCCACCUAAGCAGCCGGAGAUGAACCGCGGCUCUGUGUCCAUUCCCCGAAUAAUGCUGCCGACGCUCUAAUGGUUCUGUGAGCGCCAAGGUGAUCUGAGGGCGCGCGGUUUCCCUCGGGGAUGGAGACUGCAGCUAAUCAGUCAAGGGACGCUGACGCCGCCGCCCGGAAAGGAUUAUUGGCAUUCUAGGCCCUUUGAAGGAGACUAUUGUUCUUGUCUUUACGCGCACGAAAGGGGGAAACGCAAGGAAAGAGAAGCUAGGAGCUAUUGUAUAGAAAACGAGGACGCAUUGCGAUUUGGGGAGACAUUUUUUAAUCGCGCUGAAAGCCUCCUGAGGGCUUCUCCCCUGAACGUAGUGUUUUUUUUCUCUUACCCUAAUUUCCCCUUUUUAAACGAUGAUAUAGAUUCCUUCAAAGACCCAGAAAAGAUUACGUAAACGCCAGCUGACCAGAUCCCACUGACUUUGGCUCAGCAUCACGGAAGCACAUCCAAUCAGCCAGAAUUUGAAAGAAGCGAUGCUCACUGACGUCAGCAGUGCGCGUUAAGGUCGCUGCAGACAAUCGGACAAGUGAUUUCUCAGCAAGGGUGCGAACUUUCAACCGCCGUGAUGUUGUUAUUCAUGGUGCUGCCGACCAAACUCCCCAACUUCGUGCAGAUUUACCUUCUGCAGGAGGGGAUGCUGGAGGGAGUGUCGCGUCGCGCCUUCGGAGGCUCUUCGGGAACGUACAACGUGCGGGCCUCCGAGCUGGCGCGACACAAGGCCCUCAAGACUCUCCGAGUCCAGGUCGCCUUCCUCGACGACUCCACGCAGGUCUUCGAGAUAGAGAAACGCGCUAAAGGCCAGGCGCUGCUGGAUCUCGUGUUCAACCACCUCGAACUGAUCGAGCGAGACUUCUUCGGGCUCCAGUACUUCGAGUCCGCCGUCAACAAUGAGAAUCCGAGGCUCUUAGAGGGACUCCUCGCGAAGAAGAGGUGGCUGGAUCCGCUGAAACCCGUGAAGAAACAGCUGCGCAUCAGGACAAAGAGCCUGGGAACAUGUGAGUAUUUUGGAGCCUGGUUGAGGAAUCUCGGUAAAAGGGUUAAUAAUGUUGAUUGUUUGCUUUGUUUUUGCUUGUUGUUAUCUUGUUUGUAUCGUGGGUGA